AUGGAGUCGAAUAAAACCUUUCGGAUUAUCGUGAUCGUCACGGUUUCUACUUUGGCCACGAUCUUUAUAACCCCCGUAGAAUCCAAAUACGUCGGCGCGAGAUCCCUACUCCAUGUGUUUCCACCUUCCGAAUCAGAAUCUCGAUCUCCUGCACCAGCUCCCGGACAAGAAGUUAUGAAUCCGAUCACUAGUCCGGCUUAUUCUCCGGCUGAUGAGACAGAUAUUGACUCUCCCGCGGCAUCACCUGAAGCUCCCACCCCGGCGGCUGAGACAGAUAUAGACUCUCCCGCGGACUCACCUGAAGCUCCCACCCCGGCUGAGACAGACAUCGACUCUCCCGUGGCAUCACCUGAAGCUCCCACUCCGGCGGAGUUAGACAUCGACUCCCCCGCGGCGUCACCAGAGGACUCGAAUCCACCGUCUGAGGAAGAUGAUCUCGAGACUUCUUCUUCUCCUUCUCCAUCUGCACUAUCUGGNUAUGUAAAGUUACUAAAGGGAUAA